UAUCUUAUCCCUUCUUCUUUUUACCAUCGUCUCCUUCUCAUCCCCAUAUCAUUCUCCACUAACACAUCCUCUUCUCCUCUAUAUAACACCUCUCUCUUCAUGGAUCACAUUCAACUUGUUCUUCUUUUCUAAUCAAAUUCCUCUCUUUUGUUCUUUUCUUUCUUUCUUUCUUUUGGAUUUCUUUAUUUAAUUUGUGUAAUGGGUUCUUUAAAAAAUGGUGAAAAUGUGAACUUUAGUGCUCCAAGGCCAUUUGGGAAGAAGCUGAAAUCGGAUCUGAAAGAGACGUUUUUCCCUGAUGAUCCCUUCAAACAAUUUCGAGAUGAAAGUGGGGCAAUGGAUAGAGUGAAAAAGGGAUUUCAAUACUUCAUACCUAUUUUGCAAUGGCUUCCUAAAUACAAUUUGAAUAUGUUUAAAUAUGAUUUGCUUGCUGGUAUUACCAUUACCAGCCUUGCUAUUCCUCAAGGCAUUAGUUAUGCCAAACUUGGCAUUCUACCCCCCAUUAUCGGCCUUUAUUCUAGCUUUGUUCCGCCCCUUGUAUACGCGGUGUUUGGAAGCUCUAAACAUCUGGCGGUGGGAACGGUGGCGGCUUGUUCGUUGCUCAUAUCCGAAACUAUUGGUGCAGUUGCUUCGCCGGAAGAAGAACCCACAUUGUAUCUUCAUUUGGUUUUCACCGCCACCUUUGUCACCGGCGUCAUGCAGGCCGUCUUGGGAUUUCUAAGACUCGGAAUUUUAGUGGAUUUCUUAUCGCACUCCACAAUCCUUGGAUUUAUGGGAGGAACGGCUGUGAUCAUCUGUCUUCAACAACUGAAGGGGAUAUUUGGACUAACUCAUUUCACCUCUAAAACUGACGUUUACUCUGUACUUCAUGCCGUUUUCUCUCUUAGAAAAGAGUGGAAAUGGGAAAGUGCUCUUGUGGGUGUCGUUUUCCUUCUAUUCCUCCAGUUUACAAGGUACUUGAGAAACAGAAAACCAAAGCUCUUUUGGGUGUCAGCUAUGGCUCCUAUGGUGACAGUGAUAGUAGGAUGUUUGUUUGCCUAUUUCAUCAAGGGAAGUCAGCAUGGAAUCCUAACUGUGGGUCACUUGAGCAAAGGGAUAAACCCUAUUUCUAUUCACUUCUUGAACUUUGAUUCCAAAUAUCUAUCAGCUGUAGUACAAACUGGCUUAAUCACUGGCCUUAUUGCUUUGGCUGAAGGAAUAGCUAUUGGUCGAAGCUUUGCGAUAAUAAAAAAUGAACAAAUCGAUGGGAACAAGGAGAUGAUAGCCUUUGGUUUGAUGAACAUAGUGGGAUCUUUCACUUCCUGCUACUUAACCACUGGGCCAUUCUCAAAAACUGCAGUGAACUUCAAUGCUGGGUGUAGAACAGCAAUGUCAAACAUUGUUAUGGCAAUUUUCAUGGCUCUCACUCUCCUCUUUCUAGCUCCUGUCUUCAGCUACACACCUCUUGUCGCCCUUUCCGCCAUUAUAAUGUCCGCCAUGCUUGGUCUCAUCAAAUAUGAAGAAAUGUAUCAUCUUCUCAAAGUUGAUAAAUUUGAUUUUUGCAUUUGUAUGGCGGCUUUCUUGGGUGUUGCUUUCUUAAGCAUGGAUAUUGGCAUCAUGCUUUCGGUGGGACUUGCUUUGCUGAGAGCUCUUCUUUACAUGGCUAGACCAGCUACUUGCAAGCUCGGCAAAAUACCAAACUCCAAUUUGUACAGAGAUGUGGAGCAAUAUCCUAAUGCAACUAGAAACCAUGGGAUUAUUGUUCUUCAACUUGGUUCCCCUAUUUAUUAUGCCAACUCCAACUACAUCACAGAAAGGAUUUUCAGAUGGGUUCGUGAUGAGCAGGGCAAUUUCGAGGAUGGACCUGUCGAACAUGUACUCUUGGAGUUGAGCGGUAAUAAAGCUACAAAAACCCCUUCCUUUCAGAUCCAAACAUUUGACAAAUUAUGGAGUUUGUUUGUUUGUUUGUUUGUUUGUUUGUUUGUUUGUAUAGGAGUCACCUCAAUCGACAUGACAGGGCUUGAAACGCUAACCGAAAUUCGUAGAUCAUUACAAGCAAACGGAAUCCAGAUGGGAAUUGUAAACCCAAGAAUUGUAGUGAUGGAGAAGAUGAUAGCUUCAAAAUUCACAGACACAAUCGGGAAAGAGAACAUCUAUUUAUCAGUAGAUGAAGGAGUAGAAAGGUGUAGAGAUUUGGUUCCAAAAUUAAAACAAACAGAAACAGGUGCUGGAAGUUCAAACAUGAGGACAAUGGAGCAGCAAGUAUAAAAUGGCAAACUGUAGUAGGAUUCGGGAAUUAAUUUGUUUUAGCAGAUGGAGAAUAAUUCCAAUCUACAAUGGAGGGAGGCUGUUGAUAUAAGUAUAAUGUAAAUUAUGUGUUUGUCGAUGCGAUGAGCUUUGACUUUUUCGAGCUCUCAGUUUGAAUAUUACUAUGGAGGGAAAUGGUUUUCCUAUUUUGCAUUUCUCUUGUGAUUAUGUUUAUGGUAAGAAAUUCAGUCUUAUUCCUUCUAUCAA